GGAGCAUCGAGACGGGCAAUCCAGCUUGGCAGGUCGUGCAGUGGACGCUGUGGCGGCUGCCCGUUGUACGACUGUACGGCUAUGACAGCUACAUCCGUGUCAUGUACGUCAUGGUGGUAGCAGUGGUUUUAGCCGUACUGGGCCUGGUGGCGCUGACGGUGGCGAUGCGCAAGCAGGAGCAGUCGAAGUGGUUCCGCAAGGCGGCUGCCGUAAUGCACGUGGUGUACGACGUGAUGUUCAUCGUCCUCUACGUGGCUUUCUUCGACUACUUUGUGUUCGCGGCCAACUGCAACUUCACGAUGACGGUCAAGGACCAUGUGCACUUCACUGGCGUCAUGUGCUUUGAGAUGCCACAUCUGCUGCACUUAUCAGUCGCCCUCGCCACCGCCAUCAUUCUGCUGGGGGUGACCGCCCUGAUGAUCGUUGCCUCCAGCGAGCUGAACCCCGUCAGCCGCAUCUACCUAGCCUCGCCCUCCGCAGCUACUCGCCUCAAAACGCUGGCGGCACGGGCAGCUUACGUGGGGGCGGCGGCUGGGUUUCGGUGCUGGCCCAAGCCGCAAGCGGUGACGAUGGCCAUUGCUGUGGGCAUGGUGUGCUGGUGGAACUUCCGCAGGCUGCCCUUUUACCGACCGGACGUCAACAUCGUGUGGUGCGGCAUGUGGAGCGGCAUCCUCUUCACGGCCAUCAUGCACGCAGUUAUGGUUUUCGCCAAAGACCGUUCUUCUUCCGAGCAACACCGCCGCGACUCUACCAUCCUGGUCCUGCGCCUCAUCUUCCCAGUUGCUGCCGCCGGCUCAUCCUUGUGCGCACUCCUGUCUUGGCAAGUCAUGCGACCAGCGAAGAAGUUUGUAAACUUGGACCCGGCGGUUAAGAUCCAGCGGAUUCACAAGUUUGACGGUGUUCAGGAAGUGGAGACGUUGUCCCGCGUUAUGCGCAAGUUUGACCAAGACGGGAUUGUGGAUCAGGAGGCAGCCGCUCUGGGUGAAACCAUUAUCAAGGCGGGCAUGCGCCUCCUGCCCAGCUCGCCUUUCCUACUCAUCCUGUACGCCAACUUUCUGCUGGACGUGCGCAAGGACGGCC